GCCCUUCUCGGAUUUCUGUGACAUGACUUGUUAAGACUUGAGAAAGAGGCGUGGAUAUUUACAACUCGCGUUCAGAAAAAAAGCAACAUGGAGCCGCGCAUGAAGGUUCUUAGACUAUUCAAAGCAUUGCACAGAACGAGACAGAACGUGUUCAGAGAUGACACAAGAGCUUUGGGAGCUGCCAGGGAGAAGAUAAAUGAAGAAUUCAAGAAACACAGAAAUGAAACAUGUACAGAAACAAUAAAUAAGAUGAUUAAAAUUGGCUCAGAUGUUGAAGUUAUUCUUCGAAAAACAGUAAUCCAGGGAGUUCAUGUAGAAGACAAAAAAAUACAGCUUCGGUACAGAGAAGAACAUCUUCAGGAAAAUGUACCUUAUUGUGAUAAUCCUGCCAAGAAGAAUGCAUGACUUGUGUGAUCCCCAACAAGAUCCUGCAAACCAAACCGAGUAUCAAAGGUGCAAAAGCCUACUUUUGUUCUUCAGGCAACUUGAAGGUUGAAUUUUAUUUUACUGUUGCCAUAGAAACUGCUCAGUGGUGAGCUCGCUUUCAGUGGUGACGGUCACUUAUCUGUAAGUGCGUUUUGUGCACUGACUUCGGUUCUUCAUAUUUUGUAUUCACAUUUUAAACAAUUAAUUUAUUUAAUGUGUUGUAAUAUAGUUUUCUGAAUAAAGACAUUCCCUCCCCAA